AUGCCUCCACGAAUACCGUCGUCGGCUGCUUCGAUCGCAGCAAAGCCUACACCCUCCAUCCACACUCAUUGUAAAUCAUGCCUCAACCGCGCUUUCUCCUCAACACCCUCCUCUCAAACAACACAACUUCGACGCCGGAUGUUCGCCUGGCUCAUGCAAGGACCUGGGGCGAAUUUCCGGCAGCCUCUCGCCAAUUCCACCAACUAUCUCUCAGCAUAUGACAAGAAGGGCACCCUUCUACGUGAGCGAAACAAAAAGCAUGGCACGUCUCCGGCGCCGUCUUCCGAAGGCCCCGAAACCGAUGAUAUGGCUGCCCUCGAGGAAGCUGCGGAAGACGAACCUUCAUUGCCGAAAGAAGACCUGGAAGAUUUGCGCCCUUUCCCACUCAACAAAAGCUUCGUUUCACAAAGUAUAUUAUCGGACGAGCUCCGCGAGGAAAUAUGGAAACGAGUCAAGGUCGAUGGGAAAUCCGUCCGCCAAGUCUCGGUCGAGAUGAGCAUAGACAUGCGCAGAGUAGCCGCUGUCGUUCGCCUCGUGGAAGUCGAACGCAGAAUGGCCUCAGAGGGCCAACCUCUCGCCAUUCCCUACGCGAAAGCCAUCCACUCGAUGGUUCCAGUGAACAAGCUGGACGCGCGCACACGCAAGCCCGUCGAGGAGCACGAGUCCAUCAACGACCUGGAACAACAUCCCAUGACCUUCCCGCAAAUCUUCUGGCCGACGUCUGAAUCGCGCGCCUUCAACCGCACGGACGCCGGGCGAGUUUUCAGCGCUGCUCCCCGCCUUCCAGACGAGCAGGAACUGGGUGAAGAUGGCAAGCCAGUCCUGGAACCCUGGCAGGACAACAAAGCCGAGAUCAUCGGCAAGCCUGGCCACGCGCAUCCCGUCUUGAAGCCUGCGGACGCACGUAUCCCGCAUCCACACUUGGUUGCGUAUGAAAAGGACAAGCUCGACCCGACCCUUAGGCCGAACGAAGUCCGGGCGCGGUAUGCCGAACGCCUUCAACAGGAGGACUCGAAGCGCAGAGAAUUCAGAGAACGACAGAUCCGAGCAGAGGAAAAGAAGAAGUCGCGCAUCGAUACAGACCGCUGGCAGUUUGUCGUCACUGAGGUCAGUGCCACCAGGGCAGGCACCGGUCUGGAUGGCCGCGGCACCAAGGCUCCGGGAUUCCGCUACGGCGUGCCCAGCCAAGAGCGGAAAAAGGGACAAGUCAAGAUCCCUACGAGCGUCCAAGUGUGA